GUGACUAGAGUCAGCUGAUUCUCAGCAGGCGGAACAUGGCCGACCUCUCAAAACAUUGAAGCUGACAGUGAUUAUCUAUUAUUGACUUUCUCACAGCUGCAUUCGUGAGAUGCUGAGGUGAAGUACAAUCUAGAGGAGAUCAUUUACCACAGUACAUAUACGAGUAUACAGCUAAACCCUUACUCGGCUUUAACAGAUUAAAUCAGCAUGUCUAAUUGUAUGGAGAAUGGUCCCAGUAAUCAUAAUGGGGAGACAGAGCAGGUGUGGGAGAGACCCUGGACACUGGAAGAGAUGCAGAAAUCCAGCACCAACUGGUCACUGGCAGCAGAUUCAGGCUUAUUACUCUUCCUGCAAAACUUCUCACAAAAGAUGUUGUCCAAGACACAUGAGAUCGAGAAACAGUUGGACGGUCUUAUUCGGGACACUAAAGCCACAGACAGCUGCUUGCACACAGUGUUCAACGACUUUCUUAUGCUGUCCAACACACAGUUCAUUGAAAACAGGGUUUAUGAUGAGGAGGUUGAAGAGCCUGCCCCUAAACCUGAAACCACAGAGAAACAGCCUGAGCAGGAGAAGACGAGAGAGCAGAAAGAGGCCGAACUUAUUCCCAAAGUCCAGGAGGCAGUUAACUACGGUCUGAGGGUUCUGGAAUCUGCUUUUGAGCAGCUUGACAUUAAAGCAGGAAACUCAGAGUCUGAGGAUGAGGAGGCCCUGGAGAAAGUGGAGCCCAUAUUGGAAGCAAAAGACCUGUAUGUGGAUAGGCCUUUGCCAUACUUGAUUGGUUCACAAGCCUUUAUGGAUCAGGAGGAUGUCGGUCUGGGAGAUCUCUCCAGUGAUGAAAUGUCUAUUGGUAGUGACAGAGACAGUGUCAUUGAGAGUGAGGAGGAGGAAGCUGAUGAGCAGUCAGAUGAAGACUUUGACCAGGAUGAUGAAGUCCAUGGCCACUUAAAAAAGAAAGCAUCUGUCGUCAGUUAUGAUGAUGAUGCUGAUGAAGAGAAUGAAGAUGAAGAUUCCGACAUAUUUGGCGGGUCUGAAAAAGAUGAAGAUGAGCUCAGAAAGGACACUGGCCUGCCAUCAUUUGCAGAUGAACUAGCAGCCAGAAUUAAAGGAGAGACUCCAAGCAAACCAGAUGCUGAUCGCACAUCCAUGUCAUCAGGCCCAUCUGUCUCCCAGAAGAAGAGUAAAACAAAGAAAGAGACGAAACCUCGGGUGGAGGAUGAUCAGGAUGAAAUGUUCAAACCACCAAAAAUGGAAGACGAGGAAUAUUCUCCAUUUGGUGGGAAGGGCGGGCUGUUUAGUGGAGGCAAAGGCCUGUUUGAUGACGAUGAUGAGGGAGAUCUGUUUUCUGAUGCACCCAAAAAUGAGCGUGCUGAGAGUGUAACACAAACAACAGAACCCAUUAAAACUAAGAAAAUCCCCACUGGCGCCGUCUCCAUCUUUCCUGAAAACCACCUGUUUGGUUCACCAAAGGAUUCAGAUUCUUUAGAGAACAAGAAUGAUAAAAGUCCAGUGAAGCCAACAGUGCAAACAGCUCCAAAACAUUCCCAGAUUGGUGGUGGACUCUUCGAUGAUGACGAUGAUGAAGACGAUUUCUUCAGUGGAAAGACUCUCACUAAAUCCACUCCUGUUGGGAAAGAGAAACAAGUGCAAAAAAAAUCGGUGGACCUGUUUGCAGAGGAAGAGGAUGAUGAUGACGGCACUAUGUUCAUUGGGAAAUCUGGUACAGUUCCUCCCAAAACUGAGAUCAAAAGAGAAGAGGGAGAAGAGGAAACCCGCCCUCCUGAGAAAAAACCACCCGCUGGAGCCAUUUCAAUGUUCGGGCCCGGAACAAAAAAUAUUCUGGUGGAGGGUCUGAAGAAACGCAAGCCUUCAACCAGCGAGGAGUCCACCAAAUCUGAAGAGAGUGCACCUCCAUCUGAAGUAGUGAAAUCUUCACCUGUUCUGGAGACAUCAGGAAAAGCCCAGAGUCUAUUCUCAGACGAUGAAGACUCACAAUUAUUCCCAAAUGCUGCUACAAGUAAAUCAAGGCCUACAACACAGAACAAACCCAGUAAAGCUCCGCUCUCAAUAUUUGAUGAUGAAGAGGAGGAGGACCUUUUUGCAUCUGCACCAAAGUUGGUUCAGGACAAAAAAGAACCCAAGAAACCUGUAUCCAGUGGCCUUUUUAGUGAUGAUGAGGUAUCUGAUCAGUGGAUGAGUUCAAAGCCUAGCAAGGAAAGCCCAGUAAUGAAGCCGAGUGGAAUGAAGCCUAGCGUUAGUGCCCCCUCUAGGCUACCUAGUGUCAAAGCUCCACUAAAAGAUAGUCUGUUUGAUGGGAAUGAUGACGAUGAUACAUUUGCAGCCACAAAGGAAUCGCAAAGUAAAAAGUCGUCUCAGAGGGUGUCUCUCCUGUUUGAGAAUGAAAAUGAUGAGGAGGACAAAGACCUGCUGUUUGGGUUCAAAACACCAGCAAAUAAAACUCCACCUGAACCAAAGGCAUCUGGUGUUCCCUCUCUAUUUGAACCUACAGAGGAGGAAAUUGUGCCUAGUGUAGCAUCUGCCAAGACAGCAGAAGAAAAGUCUGUGGAGAAAAAACCUGUGGUAUCAGUUUCAUCCUCUGAUGACAAGACUGAGAUAAAGAAGAAGCCAGCAGGGGCAGUUAGCCUUUUUGGUGGAAUUGACAUUUUAGGAAACAAGCAAGAUACAAGCAAAAAACUGAAUAAUCACCAAGAGGAGCUUUCUGACGGUGAGGAUCUACUUAAGGAGGGUCCACCGCCAAUGGACAGUAAGGGGACCAAGGCCAAAAAAACAGCUCUGAGUCUUUUUGAUGAUGACGAUGAUGAAGAUGAGAAUUCUGAUGAAAUAGUGUCUUUUAAAACGUCCAAACCGGCAGAAAAAAGUACACUAAUGGAUCAUGGGCCCCUUGUCAAGAGCACAGGUGUGUUUCAAGAUGAGGAGCUUCUUUUCAGUCAUACGCAACAGAGGGACAAUGAUCCGGAUGUAGAUCUCUUUGCAGCAUCUGCUAAACCACCUGUGCCAUCGCAGAGCUCAGUGAAACCUGUUGCUCCUUUACUGUUUGGAGAUGAGGAUGAUGAUGAUCUCUUCAGUUCACCAAAACCUAAAGCUCCUCCGAAAGUAGCAGAGAAGCCCAGCAAACCUAAAAAAGAGGAAAUUGACAAAUCAACACUUACAUCAACAAAGGAGCCAACAACCCAUCUAAAACCUAAAAAAACCUCCUCAAGGAUUGGAGAACUUCAAGCAAGCUUAGCUGUCAACCCUGCCAGCCUUCUGCCAGGUGCUGUUCCGCGGAUUCCUGGAGCUGUCACUGUAAUCCCAGGCCUGGCACCGUCUACUCUCUCUGCAGCUGCCAGGUCCCUACCAGCUGCUAAUAGCAUCCUUGAUCAAACCUCCAGUGAUGGAGGAGUGAGCUUUGAGACUCCAGCUGAGAUUAACACACUUGAGAAUGCUAACAAGAGUCGCACUAAAGGUGCAGCCCGACGGCGACCCCAGACAAGGGCAGCAAGACAUCUGGCAGCACAGCAGUCUGAGGAAGCAGUUGUAAAGACCCAAAAUAAGAGCUCUUCUACACCAGCUCAGGAAUCAGAUAUGGCUGCUUCGUCACCGACCUUCAACCCAGUUUCGCCGCGACCAUCAGCACUUACUCUACCUGUCACCACCACCCCUGCUGCAUCCAAGAUAUCAGAUGAAGCGGUCAGGCCGAAGAAACUUCCCGAUGCUGAAGAUGACCUAUUUGAUUCUGAUGAUCUCUUUGCCACUGCGCCCUUGACAAAGCCUCUUCCCUCCUCAAAACACAAAACAAAGCCACCCGAGGAUAGCCAUAAGAAAAUGUCUAAACCAGAAGCCGUCAUAGCCUCAAAGAAGGACAAGACCUCAUCUAUUUUUGAAAGCCAUGAGGAUGAUCUUUUCUCCUCUGUAAAACAGAAGCCUGUCCAGAAAGCCACACCGGUGUCCUUCCUAGAUGAAGAUGAUGAUAUUUUUGGAGUGAUAAAAAGUACAGAAAAGUCUAAAACGGAGAUCAGCUCACCAAAAUUGGACAUUUUUCAGGAUGAAGUGGAAGAACAUCCCAAAGCUCAGAAAAAACCCAAGGAUGUGUCUUUAGAUGCAAGUCUGUUUGAUGAUGAUGUCGACAUAUUUGCUGACCUAACUACCACCACAAAGCCAAAGGAAAAGAAGGCAAAGAAAAAAGUGGAGACAAAAUCUAUAUUCGACGAUGAUAUGGAUGACAUCUUUUCGACUGGGACUACAAAGCCUACAGCAAAGCCGUCCUCCAAGUCCAAGAAGAACCAGUCUGCACAGGAUCCCAGUCCAGCAGCAGAAUCAGCCCACAAUAUUUUUGACGAUCCCUUGAACGUAUUUGGGGGAAACUAAGCCUCCAUUAUAAUCGUUAUUUGUAUAACUGUGUAGCACAGUUUAUGGACUAAAUUAAGGUAGAUGAACUCUAACACUGUUUGUUAAUAAUUUAAACUCCAAUAGGUAGAAAGGAAAAUGGAAUUAAUGGAUAACAAGUGUUCAUGUCUAUAAAGUCAUCUAAUUGGUAAACAAUGUAGCUGUCAUGAACAGGCAUUGACAUCUGGUUUUAUGUGUUCUUCUUUAGCACUUUAAACAUGAGAAUUGUUUAAAACGGUGUUCAAUUAAGACUGGAGACAUUUCUUAAUUGUAUGCUUUAAUUUUUCAAUGUGGUGCCAAUUCUUAACCUCUGCGCCAAUAUAAGUAACAUAACUUUUGUCGUUGAAGUUUUUAUAACUUGAGCUGAAGUUUCUUGUGUUGCAUGUGAAAUGAUUUUUGGAAACUAAAGAAAAUAUAUUUUACGAAA